AUGGCUUAUUUACAAAAUGCUGACCCGGCGUUGAGGGAAUAUAUACUGAAGCAUUCCUUGCCCCAGAUAUUUCAGGUGAGACUUUUACAAUGUCUCUAAUUUUGCCAUGCCAACUCUCGUGAACCAAACGUAAGAUAGCUAGCUAGCUACAGUAGCUAGAUAGUUAACAGCAGAUCUAAAUAGCAGUUGGUAGCUAACUUAGUUAGCUAUAUAGCUAAAUUUGUCCCUUAAUAUUUACAAUACUCGUUUGGUGUUUCAACAGGCAUUAUUAACAGGUUUAUGUGUGUCGUGUCCUGAAAGGCCAUUACAUUUUCUGGAAAGGAAGAUUGUGUCUAUUCAGGAAAACCGGGACACUGUUGAGAUUGAAUGGUGGGUAGCCUGUUACAUUAUCCUACUUCUGAUUGGUCAAUAAUAUAAAACGGUUGUGACCUAUAAAUAAAAACGUCUCAAAACUUCCACUUUCUGAAAAGCUGUGUAGGGAGUAAGUCACAGCACACGUGCAUUUUCUUAUUUUCAAGAAUGAAAUAUUCAUGCACAGCCAGAAGAGGACUUGCCACCCCUCAUAGCCUGAUUCCUCUCUAGGUUUCUUCCUAGGUUCCUGCCUUUCUAGGGAGUUUUUCCUAGGCACUUGCUUCUACAUCUUUAUUGCUUGCUGUUUGGGGUUUUAGGCUGGGUUUCUGUAUAAGCAUUUUGUGACAUCUGCGGAUGUAAAAACGGCUUUAUAAAUACAAUUGAUUGAUUGAUGGAUUGAUAAAGGUUCAAGUUGGGGACCCACUUGCUUUACUUAUCAACACUGCAGUGCAUGGCCCACACCACAAUGAAUGCAGUGUGGUCUGAGUAUAAUGGCAGUGAUAGUUUCAUUCCCACGUUUGAAAUGCAAGAGGGAUUAGCAUUUAGUAUCAUACCCAAGCCCAAAACUUUAUGAAACCAGGUUGAUAAAAGCUGCAGUGAAUUGCAGAAAAUGUUAUCAAAGCUCUGUCUCUAGGCAUACAUGUGUUGAUGAUCCGGAACAAGUCGCCAUAAACUCACUGGCAGGAAGCAUGGUGCGUGACAUCUUUGGGAAACGAGAUGAUACACUGGUAAGGUUGAGUGGUUUCCUACAUACACUCUCCAUGUAUUUUGACAGUGAAGCAAACAUUUUACAUUUGGCUCUAUACUCCAUCCAGCAUUUUGGAUUUGAGAUCAAACGUUUCAUAUGAGGUGACAGUACAGUAUGUCACCUUUUAUUUGAAUGUAUUUUCAUAUAUCUGUUUUAACGUUUAGAAAUAAAAGCACAUUUUGUUGAAAAAGUCAUAAGUAUUUGGGCAAAUUCACUUAUAGUGUAUUAAAGUAGUCAGAAGUUUAGAAUUUGGUCCCAUAUUCCUUGCACUCAAUGACUACAUCAAGCUUGUGGCUUUACAAACUUGUUGGAUGUAUUUGCAGUUUGUUUUGGUUGGUAAGGUUUAGUGGUUUCCUACAUUUUGAAAAUAAUCUCACCUUUACAUCUUUCCUUCCCUCCACAGUUUCUCUCACAUUUGUUUGAGAAGGCCUACUCCUGUUACAGAAUAAGUUUAACAAAUAUGUGCUUCAAGUAAGUAACCCCUGUUAUCUAAAGCUCACCUAUUGAAUACAAAAAAUUUGUCCCAUUUUGAGAACCAUGUUUAGUUGGCAUACUGAGAGGAUGGAUGGGCGAGGGGGGCUGAGUCUUGGGGCACUCUGGUAGCCACCACUGUUGGAAGACAAAGCUUGUCCAUCCUGUCUGGAGGAAGAACUGGAAGGGAAAGGCCUUUGUACAGUAGGGACAUAGCCAGUUUGAGACACUUUGAACGGCUGCUUGACAUUAGGGAUUUGUUCACUCUGGACAUCAAAACUGUUAUAAGCACCACCAUCAUUUCCAAAGGUUGAGCCAGCAUAAGAAAGACUUCCAUAGCUCUUUGAAACAUAUUCCCCUGCAGGGACUUCGUUAGAAUGAUACAAGGGAACAGAAUCAGGGCCUUUACUGCUAUAACCACUGGGAGAGGCUGGACCUUGGGUAGAGAUGAGAGGAUUAGGGACAGUGUACUUUCAAUGGGGCUUUGGAGAGGCUGGCUCUCUCAAGCUCUGGGUCGAACUGCAGCCAUUUUGGGCAAGCCUUUUCUCAAUAGAGACAUGGAUAGUUUGGGAUAUUUGGCUUGGCAGCUGAAUAUGGGGGACAUGUUAAUUCUGCACAGUGUCCAAGGUUUCUUGGAAAGGUCUACCUGGCUUAAGGAAGGUGUUCCUCAUAGACUUCACAAAUUGUUUUAAAUCAUGAAUGGUUGCGAAACUGAUUUCCUUGACAAUGUUACUAAGUGCUGGCCUCUCAAGUAAAGGGUUGUAGGGAGUUUGGACAUCAUUACCAGUGCUAGCAUGUUCAGGCUCUUGAACAAAGGUGUCAGAGGGAGCUGGGAUGAACUCAUUGGGCUCAUGUCCUGCGGAGGUUCCGAUCUGGGCAGAGCCAGAAUGGCUAGAAACAUGAUCACCAUAAACACUGGAGUGACUGGGGUAGUUGGCCUGCUCCACGGUUUCUCUUGGCUCAUACUCGCUUCGGACAGUUCCACCCUUGGGCAUUGGCCUUGGUUUAGUUGGAGUGGAGACAAGUUGUGUGAACUGCCCAGGCUCCUGGGAUUGGGGGACUGGUUCUCUCUGCACAGACAAAGCUGGGGGCUGGUUUCCCUCCACUGGACUGGUAGCUGGUGUCUGCAGAGCCAGAGUCCGGACCAGGCCCUGAGAAGCCUCUAGAUUUCAAAAGACCUGAGGCAUCUCAAUAAGGAGCAGGCACACCUCUGUAGAAGUGUACUGAAUGGAUAUACAUGCAGAACAGGGUUUCCUAAGGACAUGUGUAAGGUUUAGCCUAAUAUUAUCAAGGUCGUUAUGCUAUUCAGGUCAAUAUGCAAGACAUGCUUAUUACCAAACGGGACAGAGUCUGCAGAAUUCUCCUGAAAGUCCUCAAUCGUGCUGCCCAUGCUAAAACAGGCUUUUGGGCACUAAAGUCCUCUAUCUAUCUCUGUGGUGUGACCAUUUGAAAUCGCUAAACUGGUGCAGCACACACCAUACAAUCUCCCUCUGGGCCAUCAUAAUCACACCGUUCUUCAACUGGUCGUUCAAUACAGUCAAAGAUUUUCUAUUAUAUUGACAAUAUAGUCGAGUGACCACUAACAAUGGAAAUACAUGUUCUCAAAGAUGGAAGGCAGGCUGGAGGAGGCGAGAUCAGGUGGGACCAUUCUAGCCAAUGAGAGGGCCUGUUGUGUGAACAACAAAAAUCAGUCCACGAUUUUUUUCAGUCCUUGUGCCUGUGUGAACAACAGGCACAAGUCCGAUAUAAAGUCGUUUUGCCACGUGGGUCUACUUAUUUCAGUGCAUUCGUAAAAACUUAACCAUUACGAAGCUUCUAUUCGAUCAAAUAAGCCUCAAGUAGCAAAUUAGCAAUUCAAUUUUUUGUUGACCAAAUUCAACAUUCUCUCGUUGACCUCUAUACAAAAUUCAACUGGGAACUUGGAAAAAAAACAAGCCCCGACUGGGAAAAACUCUGGCAUCUUCCUAAAGAUCACUGACGUCAUGAUUUGACCUCGUUUUUUUCAAGUUCCCAGUUGUCUUGAAAGCACCAUAGAAUACCACUCUUCCAAUUGAUUAGUCAGUUCCAAAGUAAAUCAUCAGCUUAGACAUCAAUAUGAAGCUUAGAUACUGUUAAAAAAAAUUGGCCUACAGUGCAGUUGACAGUUAAUAAUUCAAAUUUAAUAAACACACACUUUUGUCUAUGAAGAGUGGUGGCCAAUAACGAGACGUGUGAUUGAAAGUCCUUCUCCGUGGGUCACUGGUAAACAAGCUGGGGGGUUAGCUGAGACACUGUACUCUGUAUUUCCUUUCACCUCCUAUUGAUGCAGGUAGUACAGGCCCUGGGAGGAUGAUAUCAGUAUCUAGUAUCACUGACAGCCUUUGUCUAGCUAACAUAUGCUGCUAUCUGAAUAACUGAGUAUCUGGGGGGAAUAGCUCAUUGAGGAGAGUGAAACCUUUAAGGUGUUGCAGAUAUAAAUAUGCUGUAUAGAACAAUCAAAGACUUCAAUUCAACAAGAUAACUGAGGCACAUAUACUGUAGGUCUAUUCUAUACACGACUUACCCCUAUUGAAUGAAAAUGCCCCUGGUUCAUGUUCUACCCCGCUGAAUGAAUGAAGGUGUACAGGAUCAGUCCUACCUGCCAGCUCACUGAAUUAAUGAUGGCUGUGUUUUGUGGGCGCUGGCAGGGCGUGGAAAAGGUUCAUCUGGAAUAAGCGGAAGGAGGCCAGGGAGCUAACACUGAAGAUGGAGACAGCUGAGAGGCACUACAUACAGAGGGGCCGGAGGGUCGCACUCUGCAAGUGGGUGGAGUGGGUACAGGUCCGCAAGAGAAGGCAGAACGGUAGGCAACUACUGUCGGCAUGUGUUGCAGAGUCAUUGAUAUAGUCUACAGAGUUACUGUAGGGAAACUAAAGUUUAAGCCUCUGGAAUUUUAAUGGGUGCCAUUUUGGCACCUUAGAAGAUAUUUAUAUUACAUUUACGUCAUUUAGCAGACGCUCUUAUCCAGAGCGAUUUACAGUUAGUGAGUGCAUACAUUUUCAUACUGGCCCCCUGUGGGAAACGAACCCACAACCCUGGCGUUGCAAGUGCCAUUCUCUACCAACUGAGCUACAGGUUAAAAUGUAAAUUAGACUCUUAUGGAACAUUUGGUCCCAACAUCAAUGUGGAGGGUAGUUUGCCAAACUCUACUAAGUAGGCCUAUCUAUGACUCUAAUGUAUAUUUAUGCAUUACUGUUAGAGCAUUACUUGACUGACCUCCGUUCAUUCAUGUGCUUCAGUACAUAAAAAAAGUUAUGCUUUAGUAUCCAUGUGAGUAACCUGUAUGCGUGAAUCGCCUGUCUUUUGCAAAGCUGCAGAGUACAGUAUGAGACCAUAGUUCCAAAAAACAGCAUGGCUUGUUUUUGGUCAGUUAUGUUAAGUGGGUCAGCUGAAAGUUAUUAGCUAAUACAGUUAGUUAUCCAGACUGCUGUUAGUCUGACUGAUUUUGCUUUAAAAAAUCUGUCAGGAUGUUUUUCAUUAUGAAUGACAGUAUACAGAUAAUUUUUAUUUUGGGUGUCCCUAACUCAGUUAUGCUUAUUGAGUUAAAGUGUUGGUACAAAAUACAGUUGCAACAUCCAUGUUUCUACGAUUUUAUUUUCUUCCACAAAUAGAUAAUUUUUCGACAGUAUAUUGUGAUAGGUGAUUUGAAGGAGUCAGGCACAGGAGGGUAAAUCACAGAAUACAGAGUUUAUUCUGUAGCACAGAGUUACGCUGGAUAGGUGCACUGGAACAAAACAGGCACACAGGGAAAAUAUACCCCGGCAAUACAAAAUACACGUAGCUCAACCAAGCUACUCUCUCCUCACAUUAAACAAUCACCCACAAGGACAAGGGGGCAGAGGGAACACUUAUACAUGUACUAAUGAGGGGAUAAGAACCAGGUGUGUGUAAUAGACAAGAAAAAACAAAUGGAAUGAUGAGAUAUGGAGCGUCAGUUGCUAGAAGGCCGGUGACGACGAACGCCGAAGCCUGCCUGAACAAGGAGAGGAGGCAGUCGUGACAUAUGUUCACUUUUUCAUGCAGAACAUGUAUAAUGCUUGUGUGUGUUUUGCUCUCAGAUGCCAUGAAGAAGAUCCAGCGAGUGUGGAAUGCUAUCCACUGUAAGAUUGUCAUAGCUGCUUGGCGCUAUGUGGUGCAGGACUCAAAACGGACAAAGGAGUACUUUGAGGUAUGACUGGACAAGAUUAACCUGACUAGUAUUUACUGUAUACCAAUUAAGUAUUUUUUAUUUAUUUAUUAAACCUUUAUUUUGACUGGGAGUCAAUGCUGAGACCAAGGUCUCUUUUCCAGAUGAGCCCUGUUUAGCACAACAACAAUACAUAUCAAAAUACAAUAUACCCAUUAAAUUAAACGUCAAUAUAAACAUUAAAAUACACAUUAUUAUACACAAUACAGUAAAAAGGUAUCCUAGCAGCCUUAGAGGAACCAAUUCCUCCAAUUUUAAAGUGCAUUGGAGAUCUUUCCACACAUAAGGUGAAAAAUAACUAAAAGCACAUCUACCAGAGUUAGCCAUCCCUGAGACUGGGUAAGGUAAGGUAAGGUACGGCGGAAGUUUAUGCAGGAGGGCUUGAUAAACAAAAAGAGUGCAAUGCAUUGGUCUACGAGACUUCAGAGAGGGCCAGCCUACUUUCUGAUACAGAAUGCAAUGAUGUGUACUGAACAUAUUGCCCGUAAUAAGGCGUAGUGCGCUAUGUUAAACUGGGUCCAAUGGCUUCAAUACAGUGGCAGCUCCGUUCAUAUAGACAAUGUAAUGUGUGUGUUAUCAGAGCCUGGAGAACGGUCUGUUGGAGAUGAGCAGUCAGGACUCUGACGUUGCCAUUGGAGAGGGACAUGACGGACUCUCACUGCUACCUUGCAAGCUCUCAAUAAAGGUACUUCUCUCUCUCUCUCUCUCUCUCUCUCUCUCUCACUGUCUAUCUCUCUCACUGUCUCCCUCUUUCUAUCUCACUGUCUCUCUCUCUCAUUGUCUCUCAAUGUCUCUCUCUCACUCUCUCUCAAUGUCUCUCUCUCUUCUCUCUCUCUCAAUGUCUCUCUCUCUCUCUCUCUCUCUCUCUUACUGUCUCCCUCAUGCUCACUCGCCAAACCUGCCUCCUCUUCUAUCUCCACCCAAUUUCACUCUUCUCACCCUACAUUCUUAUGAGUCACAUGUCCACCCCAGGGAUCCUGAGUUUCCUUAUAUAACUGUCAGAUUACAGUUUUUCUCAAUUGCUAAUACACAAUUUCUGAAACCUUGCUCCAUUUUCUGAAAACAUUCAACACAAAACCUCAUCUUCAAGCACUAUUUACAAAACCUCUGACUCCUCUCGCAAAAUGAAACAUUCGCCUCAAAACAGUUUUACCUGUGUUCAAAAUCAAACACUGCUCUCAAAUCAUAAACAAAGUGAUCAAAAUGAUAUACACUCUCAAGCAGUCAGUAAACAAUACACUGAAAAAUAGAAAACACAUUGUUCAAAACAUACAGUUCUCAGGGAGAAUUUUCUUUUGAUGAACGAAAACAUGUUCUAUCAUAGUAGCUCAAAAUUGAUCAGAAAUCACUACUCUGCUUUGCUCUUUGCAAUUUUGUUUUUUGUUCUUCCUCCUCCUUGUACCCCUAUUUUUACAGUACUGUACCCUGCAUCUCACAAACUUGUCCUUUGUCUCUGUGAUACUGUAAUUCUUGUUCUUUGUUGAUAUGAACCUGCAACCAGUCAAAAUCUAUUGAGCAGUCAGUACUGUUAACAAAUGGAAAGCACAAUGUUCAGGGCCAUACAAUUUGUCCAUUGUCCAGUAUACAGCCUACAAUGCACUGUACUACAGUAUACAAUACUAAAAGGGACAAAAAUCAAAGGAGUAAACAUGUGAUCAAUGUGCUUCUUCUUGUCUUUGGGCUGGGUCAGGCCAGAGCACUUUGUCGACAUCACAAGCAAUAUUGUCCCUCCUGAGGCAAUGGGGAAAUAAGCCUCUAGUGUGCCGUAUCCAACCCUGACAUGAUUCCUCACCUAUAUCACCACAGGCUAAAUCCAUGGCUUGCAGCAGACCUACUCUAGUGUAGGGUUGUCUAUCAUAUACUUUCCAUCUCCUCAAUCGGAUUCAGGAAAGGCGAGUAUGGAGGGAGGUACAAGUUCAUAAACUGCCCAUUGAUGUUAAACCAUUCCCUUACCUGAGCAGCUCGGUGGAAACUGACAUUGUCCCACACUAUCACAUAGGUGGGAAUGGGAUUCUCAUUUAGCUCUUGACCCUGCUGCUCUUGAACCUGCUGCUCAAAUAAAAUAUCUCUUAGAUUGGCAAUACAUCUUAGAAGGUGUUGGGUGUUAUAUGGCCCGAGUGUAACAUGGUGAUGUAGAACACCAUGGUUGCUGAUAGCAGCACAGAUUGUGACAUUGCCACCUCGUUGACCAGGGACUUCAACAAUGGCCCUCUGUCCAAUCAUGUUUCGGCCUCUCCUUCUCCUCUUUGUUAGAUUGAAGCCUGCUUCAUCGACAAAGAUGAACUCAUGGGGUCUGUCCAAGGAUUCCAAGUCAAAUAUUGUCUGUGUAGAAAUACAAUAAACUGUAUGUAGGAUUUUGUAAGUCGUACAGAGACAGUGCUAUACUGUAGAGUACAAUUAGGCCAACUGUAUGCACUUCUGAUUCACAUACAUUGUAUGUACUGAAGAGUAAUGUCAUUCACAUAGUAUGUGUUAGUACUGUAGACAAUCUGGAUUACAGUAAAUGUUGCUGAAUGUACACUUACUUGCACAUACUGAGCUCGCAGUUCUUUCACCCUUGGUGAGUUGCGCUCAAAAGGUACUCUGUAUACUUGUUUCAUUCGCAUCCUGUUACGAUGGAGGACAUGGUCAAUUGUGGAAAUGCUCACACUGUUGAUUCCCUUGAAGUCGUAUUGCAUUAUCUUGAAGGACCAUGCCAACUAUAACGGCCUCUUGCUCCAGAGUGAAUAUAGCUGUCCUUCCACCUGUAUGUGACAGCCUUGCAAUUCUACAAAAAGUAGUUGUGCAGUUACAAAACAUAUUCAUGCAGUACAAUACAUACAGUGAUUAACUUUACAAAUGUCUAUUGAAACAGCUGCAUAUAGUGUAGUACAGUAAAUUUGCAAUUACAAAAAUACAGUAGUAUACUGUACCUGUUCUCUUCUCUGAAUGUCCUUACUAUGGUGGACACAGAAAAUCGGCUCAAAUUGGGUUGCACAUUAAGUCCUGCUUCCCUCAUUGUCAGUCCAUGGACAAGAACAUGGUCUAUGACUGUUGCUCGAAUUUCAUCAGAUAUUUCCACUCUUUGUCCUCUUCCUCUUCGUCCUCCUCUUCCUCUUUCUUGCCCUCCUCCUCCUCUUCCUCCUCGUCGCCCACCUCGCAUACGCAUUCGUCCUCUCACAUUGUUUCUUCUUUCCAUUCUCAGACUUUCUCCUUCCCACCUUCAACAACCUGUUUGCUCUCUGAACUGGCUUAUAUUGGUUGUGUCGCAUCAUUUGAAACAGGUUAAAUCAAUUUUGAGUGGUUGUGUUCAAUCAAUGACAUGUGUUCUCUAUUUGUAUUUGACUGUUGCCACUUGUGUUUACCAGUAUGGAUGACAUGUGCAUUAGAGUGCAGAAUGAGUUUUGAGAAUGAGAAUAUGUUUAGAGUUUUGCUGAAAAGUCUAAGUGAGAUCUGCAAAUUGUGUUUUACCAUGUGAAAUGGUUUAAGGUAUUGACAACAGACUGCAUAAUUAGCUAAAUGAGUCCAGGCAACUGAGAACUUUGUUCAGCCAAUGGGUUUUAGUGUUUAAGCAAUUGAGAAAAACUGUAAUAGUUUGUGAAGAUUCCUAGCCUUCAUGGGCAGUUAAUCCUGAGGUCACCUCUAUUGCAUGCAUCAUGAGUUAUGAUGUCCCCUGUCCUUGUCCCCUCUAAGGCCACAUGAGGGUCGUUCCAUAUGAUUUCAGUCACUUUCUGAAUGCACCCCUUUUGAUUUGAACGAAACCUUCCAUACAUGUUUGCCCAUGGUAUAAGUGGUCAGAAAGUUACUUUUUAGACCUGAAUGCCAAAACAUUCAGGAGAUAGAGGUGCUCAAAGUUGACCCAUUUUGCAUACCCUACGCUACCAUGAGACAUCCAUGUCUUCAUCACUGAAAAAUAAAAUUGACUUUAUAUAAUUUAAAGGCUUACAAACAGGGUUGUCAAACUAUUUUAUAAUUUCUUGAAAAACUAUUUUUUUUCUAAAUUGGAAUUUCUUAACUUUAAACAUCAAUUAUCUAGAAACUCGUAAACUCCAAUUUUUUUCAUGUUCAUAUAUGUUGUAACUUAGACCCUAUUUUACAUAAUCAGAGGUGUUUGUAUUGUGCCCACCAUCGGUUGAGACAGAGCAGGUGUCAUGUUUUGGCUGAUAAAUUAACUAAAAUGUGAAUAAAAUGUACAUUUCAACUUUCAAAUGGUACCACAAAGAUGGUUAAUGGUCCACACAUCAGAGAAUGUUGACUUUAGUGGGAAUGCACAUUGUUUUGAAUUAAACUGUCAAUCUUCCAUAGGAAACCUAUUGAAAUCAUAGAAAUAUAGAUAAUAGAAUAGACAUUCCCAUUCAAGUUGACAUUCAACGGUGGGUGGACUGGCGGCCAUCUUUCUGGUAGUAAUUGAAACUUAAAUUUUAAUUUCAGUGGUGUACAAACUGAUAGGCAGAAUCUACCGCACACCCAAAGCUGAUUUGUGAAGGUGCUGGAGGCAAAAGGCAAAACUGGAGAAACAGGAAAAAGUCUCCGCAUACUACCAAAUAAAUGUUUAUUAUAGCUGAGCUUUCGGUCAUCAGAGCAUAUCUCCACAAACAAUAGUGGGACAGAUAAGGCCACACAGCGAGUCAGAGGUAAUUGCAGACACCUGUGGUAAUCUAAAGUACCCAAAAGGGCCACUAGAUGUCAUAAUAUCAUAUAGAAAUACAGGAUAUAACUGAACAUGUUAUACUGUACAUGUAUUUCUACUAUAACAAAACAUGUACACACCGUUGUUUCUCCAAUGGUGUGCCAGCUAAAUUGCAGUGGUCUGAAGGGAUAGGGCCAUUCUAUGAAUUAAGUUUCUAUGAUUGAAAUGACACCCACCCUGUAUUCAAGAGAAUGCUAUGUUUCAACCAAUGACGGGCACAACAAAAACACUUCAGACAAUGUAAAAUAGGGUAUGAGUUUACGCGUUUUGAGAGAAUUUACGUUAAAGGUUAAGAAAUUACAUAAUCUCUAUAAAAAAAGUGUUUUUUCAAGAAAUUAUAAAAUAGUUUGACAACACUGUUUGUAAGCUUUCAAAUGAUAUCAAACUCAACCCUUUAUAUUUUUCAGUGAUGAAGACAUGGAUGUCUCAUGGUAGGGUGGGGUAUGCAAAAUGGGUCAACUUUGAGCACCUCUAUCUCCAGAAUGUUUUGGCAUUCAGGUCCAAAACGUCACUUUCUGACCACCUGUUUGGAAGGUUUCGUUAAAGGCCCAGUGCAGUCAAACUGGAUUUUACUGUGUUUUAUAUGUUUCCACACUGAGGUUGGAAUAAUACUGUUAUAUUGUGAAAAUUAUGAUAAUGCCCUUUUAGUGUAAGAGCUAUUUGAAAAGACCACCUGAAAUUUCUGCCUGUUUUGGUGGGAUGGAGUUUUGGCCUGCCUGAUGACAUCACCAGGCGGUAAAUUAGUUAAUAGACCAAUAAGAAAGAGAGUUCCCAAAGCUCUCUUCCACUAACAGCUAGUUUUCAGUUUUCCCCUCCCUACUCAGACCACUCCCAGACAGUCCUAGCAAAAUUCUUGCUUGAGAAAUUGCUCAUUGCUAAGAAGCUACUUUUGACCAUUGUAAUGUAAAACAAUCACAGUAAGGUACUUAAUUGUUACCCAGAAAUGGUUUGAUAUCGAGCUAGAAACAGCUGCAUUAGAACUUUAAAAUCUAAAGGGGUGCAGUCAGAAAGUGAUUGAAUUCAUAUGGAACGACCCAUGAUUAGUCAAUCACAGCCUGUCAUGGCCUAUUAUGUUCUAUUAUCGGUUGCCAUGGCAGUUGUGUGUGUGUGUGUGUGUGUAUCGAAUGACUCUCUCUCUCCCUCUGGAUGAUAGUGUUAUUGGACCCAUUUCUGAGAGCAGUUACCCAAUAAUUACAUGUUACCCUGUAUGUUUUGUCUUCUGGCCAAGCAAAUUGCGAGGGACUUGUUUUCAAUUUGGAGUGGCGGCGGGGGUUUUGAAAUCGCAGGGAAGCUAAUCAGCAGAGGUUCAUGUUUAGUGUGAGGGGAAAUGCUAGGAAAUGGUUCCUAAAUAGAAAAAGCGUACCUAUUAAAUACUAUACAGGACUGUUUUGUCUGUGACCACUCCUGUAGGCAUCUAGCAGUUACAGAGUAGCUCUGGCACCAAGGCUUAUUUCUUGGCAGUGAUUACUAUGCUGUUUUUAUCAAACAUCUCGCCCAAUAAAUAUUACUGGGCCAUGACUAUGUUUCGGAAAGGAGAAGAGCUCCUAAAUGCUUUGUUGACCGUCAGUAUUUUUUGUCUGUUUUUAGAGGCAAAAUCUAAGUAAUUGUGGGAAAAUAGCAAGAGGAAUGGAGGCGGAGAGAUUGUUCUGCUGUGUUCUCUCAAUAUGAAAUGGAUUCAGAUUAACUCACAAUCACAGUGUAAAUGGUAUAAACGGUAUGGGUGAAAAGUUUGAAUUGACUUGCAGUAAAUCAAGGCCUAUGCUGCAGUGUUGUGUUGCGAAUGAAAAGUGGUAGAUGUGUCGUCUGAUUUUUUUGUAGUUAACUUGAUAGGAAAUAGGGUAUACUUUCGGAUGCAGCCAUGCAUGACAUCUUUCAACACCAGAUUGACUGAACAGUAGCUAUGGCAGUGGUCACUAACCCAGGUCCUGGAGAGCUACAGGCUAGGUCGAAAAAAUAUCUCUAUCUUCAACCUAGGCUACAGGGUGUGUAGGUUCCAGUGCUGGGUUGGUGACAACUGUUCCAUCAUAGUAUUCUGUUUGGUCAGGUCUUCCAGAGUCUAGACGUAGGAGACCUACUGAAAUGUGCAGAAGUGUGUCGGACCUGGAAGGCCAUCACUCAGACCUGCUCGCUGUGGAGUAGGGUCAGUAUGGCACACACACACACACACACACACACACACACACACACACACACACACACACACACACACACACACACACACACACACACACCACAAUCACAGUUACUGAAAUUACCAUAAACAUUUAAUGUAACUGUCGUGGAAAUUCUUACACAGGGACACUCUAAGUCAAUCUUAAAUGAAUAAUUGUUUAUUGUCAGUUAACUGGAGAGGUUCCAACAAACUUGAUGCACUAUAGUGAACGUCUGUCAGGAGCUCUGACGGGGCAGUCCCGUUAGUUAUCUUAUAUACUUACACAGAAAGUAAUAUUUGCAUGAUUUAGCUUAUUCAUUAUUCAUAAUAAUUUAUCAUUAACGCUUUGCGUCAUUCAUGUGACCGACCAAUACUGGGUCAUGCAUGUGACAGACCAAUACCUCACGAGGCUUAUAAUAAUAUGCCAUUUAGCAGACGCUUUUAUCCAAAGCGACUUACAGUCAUGUGCGCAUACAUUUUUUACGUAUGGGUGGUCCCGGGGAUCGAACCCACUACCCUGGCGUUGCAAACGCCAUGCUCUACCAAUUGAGCUACAGAGGACCAACAUAACAUAAGCUGAGACCUUGAAACUGAGAUAUCUUUCGUUCUCAAAACAAGGGUCUGGGCGUAAUGCCAAAUUGCAGAUACUGAUAGUGAGGAUUCGCUCAGUCAGUCACUUGCAUGAACACAGAAAACGGUUAUUAGAAAAGCACAAACAGAACACAGAAAUUGGUAAAUAGAAAAGCACCAACAUAACAUUUUUCAUAACAUUAACUAAUUGUUGUCAGUGAUUUAACUCUUAUGUCUGCAGCAUUUUCCACGGUGCUUUCAGGCCUAAUAUAUCCCUUGUAUUGUAUUGUUACCUGUUGAGUUGGGAUGUCCUGUAAUGUUUCCUCCGAUGUUUGUCUCUGAAUGACAGAUCAGUUUCUCUGUGGAGAGGGACUGGAUCACAGACAGCAUCGUGGAACAGAUCCUACAGAAGUACCGGCCGUUUGUAGUCCACCUUAACAUGCGUGGAUGCACCUCUCUACAGUGGCCCAGCUUCAAAUGUAUCAGUGAGUACUAG